AUGCUUCGGAGUCUGCUGAAGCGCUCGUCGCGCGCGUCUACGGGACUGUUGCGGCCUGUGCGCUGCUUCUCAUCCUCUGCAGAUGAUACAGAGCCUCGAAGCUUUCUUGAGGAUCAUCCGCGUCUGCGCAUCGCGCUCGUGGGCAGAACCAAUGUUGGUAAGAGCACGCUUUUUAACCGCCUCACGAAGACUCGCUCCGCUAUCGUGCACAACGUGCCCGGUACAACGCGUGAUCGGCGUUACAAGCGCGCUACCUUGGCUGGACUGGAACUAGACGUGGUGGACACUGGUGGACUGGAAGAUGCGCCCUCUGGGACCCUGGAGGAAGGAAUGCUCGAGCAGACAAGACUCGCUGUGCACGAGGCUGACCUCGUCUUCUUCCUGGUGGACGGACGCCAGGGCAUUACACCGGUAGACAAACAUUUUGCUCGAUGGCUGCGUAAAGAGAACCCUCAGGCGCCAAUCCACCUGGUGGCCAACAAAUUGGAGGGAGACCCUGAGCGCUGGGAGGACGAACUUAACGACUGCUAUCAGCUGGGCAUGGGCGGAGCUAUCCCGCUAUCUGCGGAACACGGAGAAGGCAUCACGUUGCUGUUGGACGAGAUCAUCCCGUCACGUACGAUAAAGCUUGCUAUUGUGGGGCGUCCUAAUGUCGGCAAAUCCACGCUGCUCAACAAAAUUGUGCGCAACGACCGCGUGCUAACGGGUCCUGAGUACGUGCCGUGGACGUUCCACGGUCGCAGCAUCAAGCUCGUGGAUACGGCGGGUAUCCGGCGGUACGGCAAACGCGACCAUGACGACCAGAUCGAGAACUUGUCGGUGCGCGAUUCCUUCCGUGCGAUCGACUCGGCUCAAGUCGUGGUGGUAGUCGUGGAUAUGAGUGAGCCGAAGCUCAUUCACAUGGAUCUGACAAUCGCUCAGCGGGUGAUCGAAGAAGGUCGAGCGCUGGUGCUUGCAGCCAACAAGAGCGACCUGGCCGGUGCCAGUGUCGACUUGGAGAUGCAACGAAUUCAGAAUGAGCUGCAAGACUCGCUUGCCCAGGUGCGUGGUGUGCCUGUUGUACCCAUCUCUGCCCUCACGGGCAAUGGGAUCAAGAAGCUCGUACCGGAAGUGCUUAAGGCGUAUGAGAAAUGGGACCUCCGUGUUACUACUGGGCGUCUGAAUCGAUGGCUCAAGGCUAUGGCGAGACACCACCCGCCUCCGACGGUCAAGGGCAAGACGCUAAACGUCAAGUACGCGACGCAGGUGAAGUCCCGACCGCCCACGUUUGCCGUGUUCGUAAACAAACCGUCCGAGGUACCCGAGUCCUAUCAGAGGUUUCUACUGAGCCAGCUUCGCGAGGAAUUCGACAUGGUGGGUGUGCCAGCUCGUCUGCUGUUACGAGGCAACAAGGAGAACCCGUUUGAGAAGCGCAAGAAGUUCCAGCAGCGCACCAGCAGCAAAGCAUCCUUGACCAGGAAGCAGAAGACUGGGCACUUUACUCCUCGUCGCUUCAAGGGCAAGAAAAAAUAG